GGAGGAAGAGGCAGGGGAGGAGAGAGAGAGAGAGGGAGGGAAGAAGAGAGGAAGAGGGAAGAAGAAAAAGGUGGUGGACGGCUGGCUUUUUUUCUCUUCCUGCGAGGGGGCAAGUUGAAAAAGACAAGAGCAAGACAAGCAAGAGAGACGACGAACGGAAGGAGAACAAGCCUGAUCAGUCUUCUUUUGCAAGCCGGGUGGGAGACGAACGAACGAGAGGAAGAGAGACGAGAGAGAGAAAGGGAGAGAGAGGGAGAGGAGGGAGAAGGGAGAGAGAUAAAGGAGCUGUCUCUCCUGGGGGAUGAAAAGAAGAAGAAGAAGAAGAAGAAGAGAAGAGAGAGAAGAAGGAGAGGACGCAGACGAGAUGAAGAAGACGCAGCGAAACGAGCGAUGGACGGAGGGGCGGGUUUUGCCCAGCGAGCAGAGGGCGCGACUGAUUGGACACGAGGGGACAAGGGAAGACAAGGGGACCUGCUGCCUCUUGCCUAUACUCUGACCAUGCAGGCUCUUCUUUUCUUUUUAAAGGCGGAGGGAGAGGCAGCAAAGAGGCAGACGCCUAGGGGGUGGUGGUGGCAGGCAGAGAAGGAUGAUAGAGAUAGAAAAUUGAAGAAGAAGAAGGAGAUGAUGAUAGAGCAGACGGAGGGCGCAGGAUUCGCCGGUCUGCCUGCCUGCAUCUAUGUCUUUCUCCUCGCCGUCUCCCCUUUUUUUCCACCCGACGAAUAUAACGUAUAA